GACUUUGUCUCCUUUGCUCUCCUUCAACUGAGCAGCCUUCCUGGGAAGAUGUCACCAGUCCUGAUUCUCCUGACUCUACUUCUGCCUCUUGGAGCUGGAGCAGAGGAGAUCAUCGGCGGCCAUGAGGUGAAGCCACAUUCACGCCCCUACAUGGUGUUCAUUAAGUCUGUGGAUAUUGAAGGGAAGAAGAAAUACUGCGGAGGCUUCCUGGUUCAAGAUGAUUUUGUGCUGACGGCUGCUCACUGCAGAAACAGGUCAAUGACAGUCACACUGGGGGCCCACAACAUCAAGGCUAAGGAGGAGACACAGCAGAUCAUCCCUGUGGCAAAAGCCAUUCCCCACCCGGCUUUUAAUAGAGAGCAUGGCACCAAUGACAUUAUGCUAUUAAAACUGGAGAGGAAGGCCAAGAGAACUAAAGCUGUGAGGCCCCUCAAGUUGCCCAGACCCAAUGCCCGGGUGAAGCCAGGGGAUGUGUGCAGUGUGGCUGGCUGGGGGAAAACAUCCAUCAAUGCCACUAAAGCAUCUGCCCGCCUACGAGAGACUCAACUGAUCAUCCAGGAGGAUGAGAAAUGCAAAAAACUCUGGUACAACUAUUCCAAGACCACGCAGAUCUGUGCUGGAAACCCAAAAAAAGUACAGGCUCCUUACGAGGGUGACUCGGGGGGACCCCUCGUGUGUGACAACCUAGCUUAUGGAGUUGCAUCCUAUGGGCUAAAUGGGACAAUCUCUCCAGGAGUCUUCACUAAGGUUGUGCACUUCCUGCCGUGGAUAAGCACAAACAUGAAGCUGCUCUAACAGGUGUUAAACCACCCGUGCCCGACCAGCCUGUCCGACCUCAGGCAAGAACCAUGUGGAGUGGGCAGCAAAGAAUGAAAAUUCACAAUAAAUAACCUCCAGAGUGCA